AACAACAUGUAAAACCAUUCAACACAGACAAAAACAUCCAACACAUAGGAAAACAAAAUGCCAACACCCAUAAGGAAUAUAUUUAAAAAAUGUCCCCUCGAUUAUACCAAGGAACGCAGAUGGGAACAAGACUAUCUGAAGGUCAAGUGCGCUGAGCUGGGCUUGGAGCACGAGUUCGUUUUGUAUCAGAGACGUCAGAGGACCAGUUAUCUGAGGGUUUUCUAUCUGCUACAUAUUAUUGCCACCUUGUUUCACUGUACAGUGAUCCUAUUGCUUAGCGCUCAUGUUCGUUUUAUUCUGUUCGAUGUUGCUGUUUAUUUGAUCACCGCCGUCCUCAUUCUAAGUAUACUCAGCAUCAAUUUCCACGAGGAUUUUGUCUCGCGCCACACUUGGAUUCUGACAGCUACUUCUGCGGUAUCUGCCCUGAUUCUGGUAAUUGCUGAUGCCUUACAGGGCACGUAUCAUUACAACGUAAACGACUGGAUGCUGGCCACUGCGUACGACACUUAUACCAUCCUGAUUAUCUACAUGUUCUUGCCAAUACCCUCACUCCUGGGCUCGGUACUGUUGGCAUCCUCGGUAUCCGUUGGGUUCAUUGCGUACUUCAUGAAAGUCGUCGCCUCGCGGUUCCACUACUUCAGCAUGGAGAGUGUAGAUGCGUACAGCCAAAUAAUUGUGGACAUCAUACACUAUAUUUGCUACAACCUUUUGGGAAUCUUCUUCCGAAUCAUAAAUGACAAUGUGGUGCGCUGCUCCUUCUUGAAUCGUCAUCAGUUCAUAAGGGAGAAGAUCUGGCUGCGCAAUGCUCGAGUCCAGGAGAAACUGCUCCUGGAUAGCAUUAUUCCGCCGCAGAUAGCAAAGCCAAUUCAAGACGAUAUAAUGAACAGACUGGCGAGAAAGAGCGGUGAGGGCAAAUCAACGCGCGUCACGGAGCAGAUCAUGGCCCUUCAGAUCCAUCCUGAGGUCAGUAUCUUGUAUGCGGAUGUGGUUAACUAUACGCAUUUGACGACGACACUGGAUGUGGAGAGGCUGGUGAGGCUCUUGCACGACCUCUACGGAAGGUUCGACUUGGCAGCCACGCAGUUUCAGGUUCAGCGAAUCAAGUUCUUGGGGGACUGCUACUACUGUGUGGCUGGUCUAAUGCGCCCGAAUCCCGAUCACGCCAAGUGCUGUGUGGAUCUCGGUCUGUCCAUGAUCUCACACAUUCAGGAAGUUCGGAGGGAAAAUGAAGUGAACAUCGAUAUGCGUAUUGGCGUACAUUCGGGCAGUGUGAUUGCAGGCGUCAUCGGAGAAGCUAAGCUGCAGUUUGAUAUCUGGGGAACCGACGUUACGAUUGCCAAUCGUUUAGAGUCCACUGGUGCGCCAGGCUUCAUUCACAUAAGUGGCAGGACCUUAAACGAAUUGGCCAUUAAUCAGUAUUCCAUAUUUAGCGGCACAGAUGAAGCCCGAGCCGAUCGGUUUCUGCAGGCACACAAUAUCACAACCCAUUUGCUGACUGCUGCUGAAAUUCUGGAUCCGGAUGCAUACAGAUUGGACAGUUGGGGCUCAUUGUCCUUGUCGGUAGUUGACUUAAACGACAGACCGGAGCUGCACACUCGUAGUAGGAUGGCAAUUGGCCCCAAGGAUUCGAUCAACGAAGAGCUGCGUAAGGAGUUUAAAAAUAUGCCGGUCAGUGGCAUGACACUUGGCCAGUCGUGUUCAACCUGUUGCGGAUAUAAGCCUGAGGGUGAGACUGAUUCCGAUAAGUCUAUACAAGCGUUUUGCCUGCACUUUCACGACCCUCUUUUGGAAUGGAAGUAUUUGGUACAGCCAGACUACAUGUUCAAGUACAGCAUGUUGCUGUCCUGGUGCAUUGGAUUCAGCCUGGCGUACGUUCAGAUGGUGGAGAGCCUGGAUCCCUGCGAAGUUUGCAUUUUGAUUGACUUGUUCGCGUUCUUUAGCCUCACAAUUUUGCUUGUGAUUGCCUGGUACAAAAAGAUUUGCUGGCUAAUUUAUGGUCGUAGCGAGAAGAUCCUGUAUGGGAAGUUGAACUGCAUGAUAUUCCACGCCCACGACAAAAUCGUGCGUCAUAUGACGCUGCGGAUUUGUAUCUACAUCUUCAUCUUGACAACGUACUUCUCCAUCAUCGUUAUCAUAGUGAUUAACUGCAAUUGGGAAGAGUUCCAAAUGAGGGACAUUGAGAGCAAACUCUAUCACUACGAGUUGGACCUUAACAUGUGCUUUCACCCCUGGGUAGUCACAAAUAUGGUGGCACUGAUCAUCGGCAUCAGCUUUACCUUCGCUCGCAUACCGUUCAUGGUUAAGACGGUCAUCACUUUGUCGCUGACGAGCGCCUAUAUGGUGAUUGUAUUCUUCCAGUUCCAGUUCGUUUUCCAUCACAGUGCCACCAUUAAUCCAUGGCUCCCCUCGGAGAAUGCUCAUGGUAUGCGCAUAUUAAUGACCCUUUUCACGAUGUAUCUGAAGGAGCGCCAUUCGGAGUUCAAUAACAAAAUCGGAUACAGGUGGAGUGUUGAUUUAUGGAAAAAGCAAAAGGAUGCGGAUAGGACCAACCAAUCCAUUACAAUUGUUCUGAACAACAUACUCCCAUCGCAUGUCGUCAACGUCUAUAUUUCUACCCUAGCGAAGCAUGAGCUAUACUAUGAGGAGUAUAAAAUGGUCUCCGUUAUGUUUGCCUCUCUACAAAACUUUGAUAUGGAUCUAAGAAACUUGCGCAUGCUGAAUGAGAUUAUCAGGGAGUUUGAUCGAUUGUUAAUUCAUUAUAAGGAGUACUACGUGGUUGAGAAGAUCAAGGUGGUUGGCUGCACUUAUAUGGCAGCAUGCGGAUUGGAUGUGAACUAUGCCGAUCGCAUCAACAAUCGGUUUGAGAGGCAUGAUUCACUUUUGGAUGAGGUGGGGCAGGCACAGCGCAUUCGCCAUUCUUCAAAUAUAAAACAUGAAGAAGAGCUCCACGAGGAGGUUGUCUUUGUGAUGGCCACGUUUGCCCUGGACCUAAUGCGCACCCUCUGGACAGUUAAGAAAGCCUAUGAAGAACUUAAGUUGCACUAUGAGCGUUCUUUAAUAUGCGGUGACAUGUCCAUUGGAAUCUCUAGUGGUGAGGUAAUGGCCGGAGUCGUUGGCGCCUCUCACCCACAUUAUGACAUCUGGGGUGACCCCGUUAACAUGGCCUCCCGCAUGUACUCCACCGGCCGGAUCGGACACAUUCACGUGACCGAGGAAACGGCCAAUCUGUUGCGUGAAUUUGGCGUUGAGUGCAUCUAUCGUGGGAUAACAUUUGUAAAAGGCGCUGGACAUAUUCCCACCUACUUUAUUGCCAUCAAUGAUGAAUUUGAAUUCGUGCCCCCGACCCAUUGGAGUAAUCCCAGUGAGCGACGGCAAACGGUUACUUCAUUUUGGGCAGCUAGCGAAAGCUCUCAGAGCUACGAAGAUGAUUAACCGAUUGCACUCUCUAAAC